AUGGAAACGCCACUUGCAAAUGAAUGCCAGCUCAAGACCCAUACUUGUAGCAAGAACGCAAUUUGCUCUAAUUCCAUGGGCUCACACACUUGCAGCUGCUUAGAGGGGUUCCUUGGAAACGAAUCGUUGUGCGAAGACAUUGAUGAGUGCCAAACGAGUGCAAAUAACAGCAGCCUUGGUGCUGUCUGCAAAAAUACCCUCGGCUCUUACAGUUGCACAUAUCCGUUCGUAGGAUUCGGAGGGGAUGGGUUUUCAUGUCUCGACGUGGAAGAAUGCACCUCUGGAAUCAUCAGCUGUAGUGAUAACCAAGUUUGCCAAAACAGCAUUGGUUCUUUUCAUUGUCCCUGUCUUGAAGGAUUCGAAAAAAAUGGAACAUUAUGUCAAGAUGUAGAUGAGUUUAAUUCAUACAUCCAUAAUUGCAGUGUUUCUGCACAAUGCAGAAACACUGUUUGUUCCUAUAACUGUUCAUGUAGAUCAGGCCUCCUGGGUGAUGGACACUUGUGUCACGACGUUGAUGAGUGUGGGGAUGAGACUCACAAGUGUGAUGCAAACGCACAAUGCACUAACACUCUGGGAUCUUACGAAUGCACCUGCAAUUCUGGAUUCUCAGCUAAUGGUCAAGUUUGUCAGGAUGUUGACGAAUGUCUGAACGGUUUUGGGGACUGUAGUUCCACAGCAACUUGCAACAACAAGGAAGGUUCAUAUACAUGUUCGUGCAAUGAAGGUUUUCAUGGAAAGGAGGACCGUUUAUGCUUUGACGAUGAUGAGUGUAGCGCUGGAACUCAUCUAUGCAGCGAUCAUGCCGAAUGCCUAAACAAUCAAGGUUUAUACAGCUGCUUCUGUAAAAGAGGGUAUUUCGGAAAUGGACGGCAUUGCAACGACAUCGAUGAGUGCAGAGACGGAAAAUCAAGAUGCAGCUCGAACGGACGUUGCAUAAAUACUCAGGGCUCUUUCAGUUGUCAGUGCGCUGAUGGAUUAUGGGAACGGAAAAUGAGUGUUCAUGGACAGGGUACCUAUGUCAUCAGACAGCUUCGUGUGCAAAUAUUUCUGGAUCAUAUGAGUGCUCGUGCAAUAGCGGAUAUCAGGGAGAUGGCAGACAUUGUAAAGUUCUCUGCACGUGAAAAUGUGGUGUCGUUUAGUUGUUCAGUUUCCACGAUGAAACGGCAGCAAACAAUGCUGUCGUUUCUGUCCAGUAACAAGAGGUCACGAAGAGUGGCUGGAAAUGACGAAGUUGAGAAUGACCAGCCACCUGAAGCUGAAAAUGUGCUUCACUGGUUUGAAAAGGUCCCUUACCUGUUGUGCUGA